UACAGUCCUCACGGAUCUUUAUAUAUUUCCGAGUAGUCCGACUCGACGGCCGAGAAUCUGCUGAGCAAUUCACUGGUGCUAUUUGGAAGUUUACGUACAGUGCAGCUUGUAAAGAAGCCAAUGAGAACGUAGCAAAUGCCACAGAAAAACUUAUACGCAUUAUAAAUGACGCAGAAAAGAUCAAAAUGUCAAUGCAGAAUCAGUGGAAGCUUCUGUCACAAUUGAGGGAUUAUUUAAACAGAGUCAAUUACGAUAAAAACCAACAAAUCAAUUUCUCGAAAGAUUGGUUAGACACUUUGCAAAAAUUAACCUACUCGCAACUUGAUACUAUACGAAAACUAUCGUCCGAUUCUAUUAAAUCUAUCGAACCGAAUAAGAGCUCAGAUACAAAGCGAAAGGAUAACAAUGAUCCGGAAAAUGCAAGAGUAUCAUUUCUAUCUGAUCAAGCGGAAUCUUUUAUUGAUGGCUCCACAGCUGUGCAACCAAAGCAGCAAAUUCACGAACAAGACGCAUCUACCAAUAAAGUAGAAUUGAGAGAAAACCUGACUGUGCCGCAAAUUUUUUCCACAUUAUUUCUCAAGUUAUCUGCCAAGAAUAAACAAGAUGUUGUCGUACCAAAAUGGAAGAUAAAUAUUCGCAGCAACAUACCAAAACACAGCAUCGUGUCUCGUACACGUCAUGUAUUAAACAGUAUCCUGUCAGCUGAGUCGAAUGCAUCUAAAUGGCGACGAAUUGAAGACUUGCUAUUGCACAUUGAUCAAUAUCCAGAAGCCAGACAUUAUGCGAUCAAGGAGGGAGCAAUCAGGAUUUUGCUUCGAACUCGUCAGAAGACGAAGGACGAGCAAAUUAAAGUAUCCAUCAGAGAAGCGCUUGCUGUAAUGGGUUACGUUGAUCCUCUGCCUAGUCGAGGUGUCAGAAUCCUGUCGAUCGAUGGCGGUGGUAUUCGUGGAGUAUUAGUGAUUGAGAUGCUGAAGAAGCUGGAAGAACUUACAGGAAAGAAAACAUACGAAAUGUUCGACUAUAUAUGUGGUGUGAGCACAGGUGCUAUCCUUGCUGCUGUGUUAGUGCUACCGAAGGAUGGUAUUGAAGGGGGACACAAGAGAAAAUCACUGGAGGAAGUUUCGGAAUUGUAUAAAGAUUUAAGCACUAGAGUAUUUACGCAGAGCGCUAUAAAAGGUACGAGCAGCUUAGUCUGGAGCCACGCGUAUUACGACACAGCGUUAUGGGAACAAUUAUUGGUAGAACAUUUGGGUGACAAAGUUCUUAUCAAAACUACGCGUGAUUCAAACGCACCGAAGUUUUCAGCAAUAUCUGCUGUGGUAAAUCACGAGCGUGUUAUGGCUUACGUUUUUAGAAAUUACACAUUACCACACAGAGUGGAGAGUCAGUAUAUGGGAUCUCAUAAACAUAAAUUAUGGGAAGCUGUAAGAGCGUCAGCUGCUGCACCGAGUUACUUUGAGGAAUUCAAGUACGGUGAAUGUCUUCAUCAAGAUGGCGGUAUUCUAGUGAACAAUCCGUGUGCGGUAGCGAUUCACGAAGCCAAACAAUUGUGGCCGGAUAAUCCGAUUCAAUGUGUUGUGUCCUUCGGGACUGGUCGGACUCCGUAUCGUAUUUGCGAAAACGAAUCGAUACCUACGCAAGUGGCAAUUUCGAGUUGGAGGGAGAAGUUUUAUAAGAUCUUAGAUAGCGCCACCGAUACGGAAGCUGUGCAUACAAUGCUGAAUGAUCUGCUGCCUGAUCACGUCUACUUCAGGUUUAACCCUUAUUUGACGGAAAUGUUAUCGAUGGUGGAGAUACGACCUGAGAAAAUCGGUCAAAUGGAGCAAGACGCGAGGAUGUAUAUUCGUCGAAAUGAAAAUAAAUUUCAACAGGCUGCCACAACUUUACUUGAGAAACGGCAGAUUCGGCAAAAAAUUGCCGAUUGGAUUACGUUGCAAAAACAGUUAUCUGGUCUAUAAAAAGCGAAAUCCUAAUGCAUUAAUGCGCAUUCCAUAACAUGAUAUGUAUAAAUUACAUGGAAAUUUUUAGUACAACAUUUUUAUUUCAAUGCUGCAGCCUAAAAUAUGGGUUUCUUUAGAUUAUGUUGUUUACUAGAAGAGUGCUUGCAUAGAUUUUAUGGCUUUUCAAAAUUUAUUUAUGUAAUUCUUUGUUCGUAAUAUAUUAUUAAAUAAUUUAUUUAUUUAUUAUUGAGAGAAAAAUAUGAGAUAUAUGUUUUAUUUGUAUUAAUAUUUAGAUCCAAAUGGAAUCAACUGUAAUUAUUAGCAAAAUUAUUUAACUAUGAUAUCUUUUCGACACAUAAAAAUUUGUUUAAAAAGUAAACAAAUCUAAUUCUU